GCGUGGGCGUGGCGCCACUCGUCAUGAUGUUAGGUAGCUGGGCGCCUCGAUACAGCAGUGUGAGGAAGUUCGGCGGCCAUUCCACUGGCUGCCCCUGCCUUAGCUAUUCACUGCGUGGGCCCGACAUUUCGGUGGCCGCGAAGGGGCUGCCAAUAUGGCGGCCUUCGUGGCCAGCAUUUGGAAGGAUUAUGUAUGAAGGUCAAGCUUUGCCAGAUGAUGACACAGUUUUCUGCAAUGAUAGUUUGAAUUGGAACCCGGCCAGCUGUGGCAGCGGUAGCUACAAUGAGCUGUACAGCAGUGGAAAUUUUUAUUGUAACCGGCUGGCAAACGCAGAUUGCAAGCUGGCCUGUCGCGAACAACGGCCGCACUUCGAUGGACCUCCUGCAGACACCCCCGGCUCCUCGCCCGCAUCAUUUCUGGAACGAGCGGAUGGUGGUGUUUUCUCCCGUGCCAAAGGCUGGGGUGAGGAGGCCACUUCAAAUCGAAAUCCAUGAAAGGGGCUAGCAGUGGAUGGCCGAAGCCAAGUACUUAUUUCAAAAGCCAGCCUGUCUUUCAAUUUAAGUGUUUUUAUAUUUUGCUUCUUUAUGUUGAUGCUGACGCUGAGAUGAUGAAGUCGCGUCCUUCCAAUUAGUAGUAGGCGCACCUCCAACAUGUUCUUGAUGUUGAGGUGGUGAAGUCGCGUUGAGAAAGAGAGCUCCACUUUCAGUAAAGACUAGAAACGCCUCAGACAGAUCAAGCAAAAAGUAAAACAGCCAUAUUUUAUGAGCUCAAUUCUUACCAAUAAAAAGUAACCACAACUAGGUAAAUCUCGACGAGGUGCAAUGAAGAAGACGCCGGCCAGAAAUUUGAUAUUAACACCGUGUUGCGCCGCCGGGUGAAUUCGUGAAGUGGGUGAGAUGCAUGGCUACGACCUUAUCGCGCUUCAAGGGUUUAUUUGGGUUUCAGGAUUUUAUUUGUCGUUUUCAUCUUACAAUUAAUUUUUUUUUCGGAUUAGCGCUUUUAUGUUUUCUCUGUCGCCCAGGGAUUCGAUUUUAAUGUUCUUUUGCGCAACGAGCCUUCUAUUUGAUUUUGGCAAAUUGAAAUUUGUCAACAUAUGAAAAACGUGGCUAGCUUCUAGCUUUUUUCGAGGUGAAAACAAGGAGGAGUCUUGAGGUACCUUCACUUGAUAUUCCAACCAUACAGCAUCUUCAUCAAGCAGGGCUGCUAUACUAUCCAGUUUGAUCUUGUUCCACGUCCACCAAAACAAAACUUAUUUGAGCUCCACCAGUUUCACUUUCUUUAUCUUUUAUUCUUUGCCUAAGGUCAAGGUUCCUAUAAUAUACGCAACGUGCACAAAAUAAGUUCGGCACGAAAAGCGUCACGCCAGGACGCAGUUUUAAAUAUCGUGUCAUAACUUGCGUUUCUGUUUUCAUCUGACUGUGCUAUGCAAACACAUCCUUUCAACCCGAACAAACCUCUCCAAGAAUUCAUGCUAGAGACAUCGUCGGGCCUGCAUUCGAAGUUUUGCGUUUCGAAACCUGAGCUGCGCCUUCUAGAAAUUGAAACGAACAUGCGUGGACCCCGCGUAUUUUCUUUCAACUUUUACUCCUGUCGCCAUGAAGAAAAUAAAGGCGAGCAGCCAGUUCUCGGCACCACGGUAAUUCUGACAAUUAUGACACGAUAGCAGCUAGCAUUAGCA